AACGGUUAUACACGGGCGGCGGUCUGACCAGGUUACGCCCAUCCCACUUCGCCAUGAACUCGCACCGUCAACUCGUCCAGUAUGGCGACCUAGAACAAUCUCAACAAACCAAUGGCGCCAGCAGCUCAGCAGUAGCUUCUGAAUCUCGUUCACGUCAAUCACCUCCAUCCAAAAAACGCAAAAGGUCAAAUCAAAAAGCCAAACGUCCGAGAAAAACUGCCCACUGGGAUGAACCAGGAGACAACCAAAUGAACUACGACGACGCCAGUGCCCAUGGUGAGGAUGGUGAAGUUGAAGAGGGCGAGAGUCGGGAGCUCACACACCAAGAAAUAUGGGACGACUCUGCGCUCAUCGACGCCUGGAACUCUGCCACAGCAGAAUAUGAGGCAUUCCACGGGGAAACGCAAGACUGGAAAUCGACCGCUGUCAAGAAAUCCUCGCUAUGGUACAACAUCCCCUAUAAUAGUUCGAAGGAGAAGGCCAAAACACCUAAUUUAAUGAAAGCCGCGUCUAUAGAGGCCAUCAGUCAGGCUGCCACAGCUGAAGAGGAGGACUCUGCUCCGCUUGAUUUCAACACGUUCGUCCCAUCGUAUGAUCCUUCGCUGCCAGUACCAUCUGAGGCUCCCGCGGCACCUGAGUCCUCGUUUUUCAUACCUGCACCUUCAACUACUAUGGUAAGCCGCGAUGAAGCUUUCAGCCGUGCGCUAAGUGCGAUGUAUUGGGGCGGAUACUGGACUGCAGUAUACCAUUGCCAAAAUCAGCAGCCCUCUCAGGAGGCUGUCGAGGAGCAAGAUCAUCAGGAAUACGAAGAUGAUGAAGAAGCUCUUGAGGAUGAUACUGAAGAUUUGGUACCUACUCAGCGGUAAUUGCCAAGCAGUUACUGGAAAGGUGCAGAACUGGUAUGCUAAGGAACUGAAGGCUGUGGCAUAUUAAUGAGCAAUUCAACGACAUCAUCGGAACGAGUGAAUGAGCAUAGCAUGUAUGAAAGUGAUAAGAUCAAAAAAGUGCAGUGCUUUAAAAAUAAAAGAAAAUGGAGCUGAAAGGCCUCGAUGUGAUGGCAUCAUCAUUAGAUUUGAACAUUGAUGCCUCAUGCCAUCGACCACAGACUGAUGUUGAGCGUGUGAUGAGAUCGAUGAGAUGUGUGGCAGGC